GUAAACAAUUAAUAGAAGGAAGAAAAAAAAAGUAAAAGUUGGCAGCACCUUGGCAGUUGUGGGGAAAGUGGUAAAAAAUGGGUUAUAAAAGGAAAAAAUUAACCCAUGUCCACCGUCAAAAAUCUGCGAAAAGGGUGAAGAAAAGUGGUGAAAAAUCAACAGUGAAACCGAAAAAUAUUCCACCUGAUCGCUUCCCUGUAGAAAAGCAUCCUGUUUCAACAUCACUGCCACCAUCAUCAUCAUCUUCUGAGGAGGGAGAAGAAGAGCCAUUCAUGAAGCUUGUACUGGAUUUAGUUAAAGACACCAAAAGAGCGCAUUCUGAUGGGGAAACUGAAGAAGAUUCAGAGCCAGAAGAUGAAGAAGCAGGGGAAGAGUAUGAUGAUAGUGGAGAGGCAGAGGAUGCGGAUGAUGAAUCUGGUAGUGAUGUGGCAGGAGAGGAUGAAGAAGCUGGUAGUGAUGUGGUAGGAGAGGAGGAGGAGGAGGAGGAGGAAGAAGUUGGUAGUGAUGCAGGAGCUAGUGACGUUGGGGAAGAGGAGGAGGAAGAAGCUGGUAGUGUUGAGGCAGAUGAGGUCGAAGGGGAGGAGGAAGGGGCUGGUAGUGAUGUGGCAGAAGAGGAAGAGGCUGGUAGUGAUGUGGCAGAAGAGGAAGAGGCUGGUAGUGAUGUGGCAGAUGAGGUGGAGGAGGCUGGUAGUGAUGUGGCGGAUGAGGAGGAAGGAGCUGGUAGUGAUGAGGAGGAGGAGGGAAAAGAUGAGAGUGGUACAGAAGAGGAUGAAAACGACGCAGAUGUAAAUAGUGCUGAUGAUGAUGUGUUGGCCGAAAGUGAUGGCAGUGAUGACUCGUGUGCAUCCGAGAAUGAUUCUGACCUGGCUAAUCAUCUGGACAACUCAGCAAUGCCUGAUGCUACCCCAGGUGGGAAAGAUCCAUUUAUUGUUCACUUUGAACAGUUAAUACCAGAGUCCUCUGUUAAAAAAUUAGAAGCUGGUGAAGGUUGGCAGAAAAAGACUAUACAGACUAACAUAGGGAAAUGUCUACAUGUUUGGAAUUGUGAUAAUUUAAAGGCUAAUGUCCCAAAAUCUUCCAAAGUAUCAUUUGAAGAUCUACAUAUAAAGAAGCGCAUUCCACUUGGAAAUCUAAAGUCUUUGGUCACUGAUGAUGAAAAAGGUGUCUAUUCUGCAAGUCAAGUUGAAUUGUUUCUCAGAAUGUAUUCUUAUCAAGAUAUUUAUUACUCAGAGAAAACUUAUAAAAACCAAAAACCUAUUGAAAUGGCGUACUGUCUUCAUGUUUUAAACCAUACUUUGAAGAGUCGACUAAAAGUAACAGCUAAUAAUUUAAAACAAAAAGCCUGUCGAGAUGGAACAGAGGAAUACCCUGACCAAGGAAUAACUCGGCCCAAAGUAUUGAUUAUUGUUCCGUUUCGUGAGACAGCUCGCCGAAUUAUAUCAAACUUCAUCAAAAUCUUAACAAGUGACAAAUCACAGACAGACAAUAAAAAGAGAUUUUUUGCUGAAUAUUCUUCACAAGAUGUUAAAAACUUUUCUAAUAAACCAGAAGAUUAUGCGGCAACAUUUGCAGGAAAUAUUGAUGAUCAUUUCAAAAUUGGUUUAGGCAUAUCUCAAAAAAAACUGCAGAUUUACACCAAAUUCUACUCCUCUGAUAUUAUUAUUGGUUCUCCUCUUGGUCUGCGCAGUGUCAUUGGUGAAACCCAAUCAAAGAAAGAAUUUGAUUUUCUAUCAUCUAUUGAAAUAUUAAUCCUUGACCAAACUGAUAUAUUCCUGAUGCAAAACUGGGAACAUAUAUUGUAUAUUAUGGAUCAUUUACAUCUACAACCAAAAGAUUCCCAUGGCUGUGAUUUUUCCAGAGUUAGAGCAUGGGCUCUCAACAGUUGGAACAAAUAUUAUCGACAGACUUUGAUUUUGAGUAGUCUCAGUUCUCCACCAAUCAAUGUACUCUUUAAUAAAUGCUCUCUCAACUAUGCUGGUAAGUUAAUGGUAUGCCCCAGUACGACUGAUGGAUCCAUCUGCCAAGUAGCUCUUCAGAUUCCAAUGAUAUUCCAUCGUAUUGAGUGUUCAAGCUACAGUCAGUCAGUUGAUAUUCGGUUUAAUACAUUCAUAAAAAAGAUUUUACCAAAAUAUCGAGGUGCCUCUAACAUGAACAGUACCAUGAUCUUCAUUCCAUCUUAUUUUGACUUUGUCAGAAUCAGAAAUUAUUUCAUCAAAAAUGAAAUUGAUUUUCUCCAGAUUAGUGAAUAUUCCAAACGUAAAGAUAUUGCUGGUACAAGGAGCCGGUUCUUUCUUGGAAAAACAAAUUUUUUGCUUUACACAGAAAGACACCAUUUCUAUUUUAGAACAAGAUUACGAGGCAUUCGUCACAUUAUAUUCUAUGAACUGCCAUUGUAUCCUCACUUCUUCAGUGAAAUUUGUAACCUGAUAAAUGAUGUGAAACUGAAGAACUUACCAAAAGACGAUGCAACAGGAAGCAUCCUCUACAGCAAGUACGAUGUACAAAGGCUGGCGGCAGUGGUUGGUACCAACAGAAGCUCUUUGAUGAUACAUUCACCUAAGCCAGUACACAUGUUUGUAACUGAACCUUAAUUAAACAUGGCUUGUUAAUUAAGACUAUUUAAGAAGUUCAAAAGAAAAAAGAAAAAUAAAGAUAAAAUAUAUUUUUCAAAUACAUAUUUAUUUACAUAUAUAUUCA